UCUAAAUUAAAUUACAGAUCAGCGCCCGCGUCCUGGUAGACCAGACCGUAGCAGGGAUGACCGUCCAAGAGAGCAUCAUGACAGAAACCCCAGGCCCGGCAAUAAAAGGAUGGCUGACCGGGGAGAAGAUAGGAACCGCAAUGACCGUCCGGACCACCGUAUAGACAACCGGCCGGAUAGGAGGCGGGACCGUCCAGAGAGGAGGUCUAGGUUUGACAGUGGUGACAAGGCCCCUGACAAGAACCCUGGAAAUAUGCUUCCUGGAGCUAUGAUGAUGCCAGUGGCAGGUCCUAGUGGCAUGAUGCCAUUUGGAAUGAUGCAGCAGCCCGGCCAGAUGGAAAUGCAACCAAUGGGAGGCAUGGUUCAUCCCAACAUGUCCAACAUGCAAAACAUGCCUGGCAUGAUGCCUGGAAUGAUGCAGAUGAAUCCAAUGAUGGAACAGAACAUGUUCAUGAUGAACCAACAGAUGAUGCCUAUGAUGCACCCAGCCAACCAGCCAAUCUACUGCACCUCUGUUGUUCUCUUGACUCCGAUACCGGGUGCUUCUCUGCCUAACCGCAGAGAGCGGCCACCAGGCUGCCGUACAAUCUUUGUUGGAGGCUUGCCUAACGGUGUAAAGGAAGACAUUCUUCAAGAGAUAUUCCAGCGGUUCGGGAACAUUACCGACAUCAAGUUGCACAGACAGGGGGUGUGUCACAUCAGAUUUGAGAAGCAGGAAAGUGUGGAGGCUUCCUUCAGCAUAUCUGGAUUCAGAUUCAAAUAUCACAAUCAGGGUGACAGCGAGGCUACUACUAUCUUUGUCGACUUUGCUUUGAACCGCGACGACUAUGCAGAGUUCGAGCGGAGCAAGCGCGGCAAGCGUGAUCCCACGCCACCGCGCAUCGAGCCGCUCACGCCGGCCUCUUUACAGACCGUCACCGAGAAGGUCAAAAGCGAUGACCAGUUCGCUGAGGCUGCUCCUACCCUAGUUGGCUGGUUGGAACGCGGCGAAUGUAACAAGAAGAACGCGAAUGCGUUCUACUCGCUCAUCCAAGCUUCCAACAACCAGAUCCGCCGCCUCUUCAACGAGAAGAUGGUGCUUGACGACGAGUACCAGAACAUGAAACUCACUAUGAAGGAGAAAUUCGCGCAUAUACUGCUCCAAUUCGAGCAGGUAGCGAAAAUACUCUCCGCGGCGCGUCACCAGCGCGUCUCCGACCACUUUAGCAAGCAGCAGCGCAGGAACAUCGAGAUGUGGCUCAAGAUGACUGAGGAGGUGGAAAACAUAAAAGAAGAGUUUGAAACAAACUUCAACGAGGAUGAGAUUGAGAAGAUUGGAAAGAACACGGUUCCUCAGGAGAAAUACGACGAGCUCAGGGCAGAGCACGAAAACCUGAUGUACGAGCUGGAAGGCUACAAGAACGAGGCCCACCUCGCUAAGGACGAGGCCGAGAGAAAGUUCGAGACCUUCAAGGCGCACUUUAUCGCUCAACACAACUUGAACAACAAGCAGGUAAGCCUCGAGUCUCGCCACCCUUAUGUACGAGCUGGAAGGAUACAAGGAGGCCCACUUCGCCAAGGACGAGGCCGAGAGAAAGUUGGAGACCUUCAAGGCGCACUUCAUCGCUCAAAACAACUUGAACAACAAGCAGCAAUCGUACCCACCGCUGCCCCCACCGCCGACGCCGCGCGUCGAGCCGCCCAAACCGAUGCCCCCUCCCCCCACCCCCGACGACAACAAGUACAUCGUCUCCGGCCCCUCCGUCCCCCCCUCCGAGGCUAAACUCAUCAGCAUCCUCACCGCGUUCCUCAUGGUCCACCCCCUCGGAGCUUCCCUGGACUACCUCGUCUCUUACGUUAGAAGUAUGACCCCCAACGUGACGCAGGCCACGGUGCAAGAGAUACUCCAGAAGUAUGAAGAUGUUUUCCGCAGAGUAACGUCGGGCGUUGGCGCGUCUAUUGAGACUAGAUGGUGUUAUGUUACCUUUGAUACUAUUAAGCUGGAGCAACAUUAAAGUUUAAAUUUACUUAAGCUAGGGCUAGUGGCAGUUUGUUUCGAGCUGGAAGGCCCUCAAGUGUUCCGAGGUGCCUUCAGCGGAGAACGCUGCUAGAGCAGCCCCAAAUGAUGGGCUCGCAAGAGCAACGCCGACGGGGUAUCGGAGGUCUACAAUCGAGUUCCCGAAACCCCGCCAACAAAGCGCGCGGCGGAACACCCCAGGGGGUUUAGUCCGUGGAAGUCGGACAUACCCACUGAGCUUCUCCCGGGCCAGUUGGAUCCAUAAGGAUUCCCCCUGGGUCAUAAAAAAAAGGGCUAGUGGCAGUUUUAUACAGCCUGACCUAAGUGUAGUUUUUAACGCUUGUCGCAAAGCAAAAUAGCCCGUUUCACUAUACGUGUUCUCAUUAUCCCACAACGAAUUGCUAGUGUGCAAGAAUUUUCCAAGUGAGGAUUAUUUCUUGUGGUUAAAGCGGUCAUUACUAAAAUAUCAAAGUAAAAUAUGGACUCUAUUUAAAAUCACGGGUUUGCAUGUUUACCUUUAGAUUACUUAGUAGAUAAGUGUUGAUCGGAAUGAUUACAAUAGAACCUAUGUGUAAUUAAAUUUAAAAAGGUUUUGUCUUAGAAGAAAAAAAAAUAAAACGUUAUUUGUAUAAAAUGUUAUGUCAAGUCGCUGAAUAUUCUGUUUAAUCAUAAAAUGUGCUCAGUGACGACUUAUGUACAAAUAUGUAUGCAGGCGUGCUAAGCUAAUACAUAGUUACAUGCAUUAAUAUUUUUAUGCAUAAGUACAGAAAGUUCUAAAUGUGUUCAAUAAUUAGUAAUUAUUAGACAAUGUAAACUGACUGGUGAUGAGAAGAUUUCUGUGCACUCAUUCUUAGUUGUAAUUAUAUUUAGGUCAUAGUGACAUUAAAGUGUAUUUUAAAAUA